AUUUAAAGUGUAGUUAAGUAUUGCCGCGCGACAGACGCUUAUAGAUGGUGUCAGUGAUGCACUUUUGGAGGGAUAACGCGAUUCAAUAUGGCGGCGAUUGGUGUUGUGCGUUUGUGAAUGUCAGAAGCGAAGACCGGUCGCAGAACACGAAUAAUCGUCACUAAAUCGAGCACACGUUAUCUUACAUGUUUUAUUAACUGAAGUUCUCUUCGUGCUCGCGUAAGGUAUAUAAGGAAGUCAGCCGAAAUGUCGAAGGCAGACGAAAAUGCCGACACAGGGGAUACGGGAGACAAUUCGAACGGUUCCUCGGCGGAGACCACGUCGUCCCGAGGUGGUGACUUUGAAACGAAACUCGAGACCGAUCGGAGCAAGCGAUUUGACUACCUGUUAAAACAGACCGAGAUAUUCUCCCAUUUCAUGACGAACAAUCAGAAGGACAAAGCAGGGAGCCCGUUGAAAAUGAAAGGCAGACCCAGGAAGCAUCAACCACCGGAGACCCCAGUGAAAACCGAUUCCGGUGAUCAUAGACACCGUAAAACGGAACAGGAGGAGGACGAGGAGUUAUUGGCAGAAAGUAAUGCCAGUGUCGCGCCGACCACGCGUUUCGAAUCGUCGCCGCACUACAUCAAAUCCGGUGAGUUACGAGAUUAUCAAAUACGAGGUUUAAAUUGGAUGAUAUCACUCUACGAGAAUGGCAUCAAUGGUAUUUUGGCGGAUGAGAUGGGUCUCGGGAAAACCCUGCAGACUAUUUCACUACUUGGUUACAUGAAGCACUUCAGAAGCAUUCCUGGUCCACACAUAGUCAUCGUUCCGAAGUCCACCUUGGCCAAUUGGAUGAACGAAUUCAAGAAAUGGUGCCCAACUUUGAGAGCAGUUUGUCUCAUAGGAGACGCAGAAACCAGGAACACCUUCAUCAGAGAUGUUAUGAUGCCUGGCGAAUGGGAUGUUUGCGUAACAUCGUACGAAAUGGUGAUAAAAGAGAAGUCAGUCUUUAAGAAGUUCAACUGGCGUUACAUGGUGAUCGACGAGGCUCACAGAAUAAAAAAUGAGAAGUCGAAAUUAUCAGAGAUAUUGAGAGAAUUUAAAACAGCUAAUCGUCUUUUACUCACAGGAACGCCUUUACAAAAUAACCUUCACGAACUGUGGUCUUUGCUCAAUUUUCUAUUACCUGAUGUGUUUAACAGUUCGGACGAUUUUGAUUCUUGGUUCAACACUAACAGUUUCUUAGGUGAUAAUUCACUAGUUGAAAGGUUACACGCCGUUCUUCGACCAUUCCUCUUAAGACGUUUGAAAUCAGAAGUAGAAAAAGGGCUUAAGCCUAAGAAGGAGAUCAAAGUGUAUAUCGGUCUCAGUAAAAUGCAGAGAGAAUGGUACACGAAAGUACUCAUGAAAGACAUAGACAUAGUGAACGGAGCUGGAAAGAUCGAGAAGAUGAGAUUGCAAAACAUUUUGAUGCAGUUGCGAAAGUGUUGCAAUCAUCCGUAUUUGUUUGAUGGCGCAGAACCUGGACCACCUUACACGACCGACGAACAUCUCGUUUAUAACUGUGGUAAAAUGGUAAUCUUAGACAAAUUGUUGCCAAAAUUGCAGCAGCAAGACUCCCGAGUUCUUAUAUUUAGUCAAAUGACUAGAAUGUUAGAUAUCUUAGAAGAUUACUGCCAUUGGAGAGGUUUUCAAUAUUGCCGUUUAGAUGGUAACACAGCGCACGAGGAUCGACAGCGUCAAAUUAACGAGUACAACGCGCCAGGAAGCGAGAAGUUCAUUUUUAUGUUAUCAACACGCGCCGGAGGUUUAGGUAUUAAUUUAGCAACGGCCGAUGUAGUUAUUAUUUAUGAUUCCGAUUGGAAUCCGCAGAUGGAUUUACAAGCCAUGGAUCGAGCCCAUCGUAUAGGUCAACAGAAACAAGUCCGAGUAUUCAGGUUUAUCACCGAAAACACCGUGGAAGAGAAGAUCGUGGAACGCGCGGAAGUUAAGCUGCGUUUAGAUAAGCUGGUCAUUCAACAGGGACGUUUAGUAGACGCGAAGCAGACCGCGUUGAACAAAGACGAGAUGUUGAAUAUGAUCAGGCACGGCGCAAAUGAGGUAUUCGCGUCGAAGGAUAGCGCUAUCACGGACGAGGACAUAGACACGAUUCUUCAGAAGGGAGAAGCCAAAACUGAGGAAAUGAAACAGAAGUUAGAGAGUUUAGGCGAGUCGUCUUUACGUAAUUUUACCGUGGAUGCACCUACGGAUUCCGUCUAUCAGUUCGAAGGCGAAGACUACCGCGAGAAACAAAAGAUCCUCGGAAUCGGGAACUGGAUAGAACCACCGAAACGUGAACGUAAAGCCAAUUAUGCGGUGGAUGCUUACUUCAGAGAAGCUCUCAGAGUGUCCGAGCCAAAAGCUCCGAAGGCACCCAGACCUCCGAAGCAACCAAUCGUCCAGGACUUCCAGUUUUUCCCGCCGAGGCUAUUCGAAUUACUCGAUCAAGAGAUAUACUAUUUCCGACAGACUGUGGGGUACAAAGUACCGAAAAAUCCGGAACUCGGUUCGGAUGCUGCCAGACUUCAAAAGGAAGAACAACGUAAAAUCGACGAAGCUCAGCCGUUAACGGAUGAAGAGGUCGUAGAAAAAGAAAAACUGCUCACUCAGGGCUUCACCAACUGGACGAAGAGGGACUUCAACCAAUUCAUAAAGGCUAACGAGAAGUACGGGCGGGAUGAUAUUGAAAACAUAGCCAAGGAGGUAGAAGGAAAAACUCCGGAAGAGGUGAUGGAAUAUUCGGCAGUCUUUUGGGAACGUUGCCACGAAUUGCAGGAUAUAGACAGGGUAAUGGCACAGAUCGAACGAGGGGAAGCGAAAAUACAGAGACGAGCCGGAAUCAAAAAAGCUUUGGAUGCUAAAAUGGCGAGAUACCGUGCUCCUUUCCAUCAGUUAAGGAUAGCUUACGGUACGAACAAGGGUAAGAAUUAUACCGAGGAAGAGGAUCGAUUUCUGGUUUGUAUGUUGCAUAAACUGGGAUUCGACAAAGAAAACGUGUACGAGGAGCUCCGCGCGACAGUCAGAUCUGCGCCUCAAUUCCGUUUUGACUGGUUUGUGAAAUCGCGCACAGCUUUGGAAUUGCAACGGCGAUGCAACACGUUGAUCACUUUGAUAGAACGUGAGAAUCAGGAAUUGGAGGAACGCGAGAGACAGGAAAGAAAGAAGAAAGGUGGUGGCAUUGGCGCAAAACCCGCGUCCAAACGAAAACAAGAAAAUCUACCAGCACCACAAGAUAAACCUAGAAAAAAGAAGAAAUAAAAUAUCUUUCUACCGCCAUUUGAAAUUCGAACUUUACAUUAUAGGUAAUGAUAUUUCAUUGUUCAUUUUGUAUCAUCAUUCAAAUUCAAACGAAGAUCUGGUUUUUAUUAAACGCUCUCGCGGAAAAUACUUGGACAAUCUAGUGAAGGAAAGUUCGUAGAUGAUUUUAUGGAACAAAGUUUCUGUUACUGAUUGCGAGUGAUUGCGCAUCACAUUACGUGUAUUUACAAUAAUUUAUUAUGAAAAAUCCGUUUUGUAUAUAAUGAUCAUGUUAAUUUUCAACAAUUCAGGAUUUCACAGAAUCAUAGUAUAAUAUGUUACUGUAGAACAAUAACUGUAAUACAAUCUCAUAUCAUAAAAUGAAUUCCGAAGAAAUCGUCUAUAAAUUUUUUCUGGACACAUUGAUAAAACUCCUCGGCAUAAUUUUCGAUAAAAACCAGAUACCUUAGAAGAAGUUGUAACAAUAAUUACAACUUCUUAUUCCCGCGAUUUACUUUGCAGUAUAAUCACAACUCGCUUUUUUUUAAAUAGUCAACGGAUUAUAGGAGGUAGAAGGCAAGAAAAUAAAUUGUUAACAGUAGAACAGAAAUGUAUUUAUUAAUGUCAACGAAUGUAUGAACAGAUAGACAAAUAUUCUCGAAACGAUAGAUUUUUAUAUUUAUAUACGUGAAUCGAAUUUCGAUUUAAUCAUGUUCUCCAUGAAAUCAUGCUUAUCAGGCAAUUACUCAAGUUAAAGAAAAGCGAGGCUUGUUCUGUUAUUCUUUUUUUAUAUAUAUAUACAUCUACGUAUUCGUAUACUUAAUUAUCAAGAAAACGUUACACUCGCGAUACAUCAAAGUAUGUAUCACAUACGAGUCCACUUACGUACCUUCAUUUAAUUUUUACAAGGAUAAUUAUAACAAUGAAAUGUGAACGAUUUUAUUUAUUUACUAUACGAUUUAAAAAAAGCAAUGUAAUUCGUUUUACGAAUAAAGGACAUAUGUUGCUUCAUAUGAAAA